AAAACGUUCCUCCUUCCCUUGUACGUAUAAUCGUCUUAUCAAAGAGUAAUUUAUGUAUAGUCGGCAAUAAGUAGUUUCAUCUUCCGAUAAGUCACUGAAAUUCCUUUAAUGAGCAUCCAGUCAAACUAAGUCAUUUGUCGGUUUCUUGUAGGAUAGUAGUGGGUGCGUCGAACCGGAAAGAACCAAAACAUCUAAACAUACAAGUUAAAGGUGAAUGAAUUAGGAAGCGCCCUGAACAAUCACUUAAAAAGUUCUCAAGCAUGGUUUGUCCCAGAAUUUUUCAAAUGUUGAAGUUGAAGUAGUUGAUUGUCCAGAUUUGAGAGAGAAACCAUGGACACUGGCAGCUCCUGGGCCAGAAUUGCUGAUGUUGGGGGAGUGCCAUAUCUCAUACCUCUUCCAAACCUUUCCAAGUUAUACAGUUUUGAUGAUGUAGCAAAAAAUUCAGAUCUUCCAGGAGGGUUUGUAAUUGGUGCCGGGGCAGGAAGCAGUGACUUUGUUGGAGUGAAUUGUGAGAUGAUGGCAAACUUGGUCACCAACUCAGAACAGAAGGGAAUUAUUGCAACAAAAAUUGCUAAAGUAAAUGAAGAGAAUGGAUCCUUUGUCUUGGAAGAUUACAACUGUGGAGAGUUCAAUCUGUUGGGUAAUUUCCUUGUCAGUGAAGGAAAACCAGGAAAGGUUCUGAAAAUUUGUGUCAGCAAAAGGACUGGGGUUGAGAAUUUUGUCUCGUGCAUGCGGAACACCCUAGCUGGUCGCUAUGGAGACCAACCGGUCGGAAUGGGUGGAGUUUUUGUGAUAGAGAAGGGAAAGGCCAAGAUUCAUGUUAUGCCUAGAUUUUCAAAAACUCCACUUAACACAGACGCUGAUGUGAACAACUGGCUCAAGUUUUAUGAAAUGAGUGCUCCAUUAGUGUGCGUGGGAGUCUUAGAAAGCUACGAUCCUGGUCUGGACUUGCGCAUUGAACACUUUCACUGCUUCAGUGAUCAUGGAGAGGGAGGGCAUUACCACUAUGACGUCACACCAGAUGACGUGCAAUACACUGGGUUCUUUAAUUUCGCUGAAAAGAUUGUCAGAAUAGAUCGACCGCUGACAACGCACAAUGUUGGAAGAGACUGAGCAGUGACUUUAGAUCAUUAUUCCAAAUAGUGGCUGAAAUUUCAAAUCAUUGGUUAUUUAAAUCUGCGCUGGAACAUUAUUUUGAGGAUCUUACAAGAAUUAAAUUAACAUGGUGUUGUUCAGGUGAGCAAAUUUGCUUCUAAAUUUGAAAGAAUUAAAGAAAUUUUUAUGGUUACGCUGGGAGAUGCGCUGCUGUAAUAGUUGGCGCGCUGGACAUUGGGUCUAACAUAAUCAGAGGAGCAUACAAAGAUGUUUCCUUUUCCAUGUUUAAAGACACGACCUCUUCUCGUCAAAGGGUCAACAUUAUUAGGUAGUAAUGACUUAUUAGGACUGAAUUUGAAGGAAAUGAAUUUGCAAAAGUAAUUCGCUUCUUAAGGGGUAUAUUGGCUUGGACUGUUAUUGAUCGUACGUGGACAGGUUACAUAGUAAUAAUUGAAGUAAAACAAGGAUAUGCGAUAGAUGAAUUUGAAAUCUGCCGGGGAAAUCUCGUCUUUGUGGAAAUUACAUUGGGCUAGAUAGGAAUAUUAAAGAGAUAUAUCUUUCUUUUAAAUUGUUAGCCUGAAAGUUUAUAUCAGCACAGGCGACACAGUUGAAAGGGUCAGUUGAAAUUGUCUGUAUCGCUUUUCACAAUAAAAAAAAAAUCGUUACCCUUGAACUUUCAGUAUAGUUUUUGUUGUUGUAAAUGUUGAUGUUUCGGGAAUGCCUCCGUGGCAGUGGUAGUUUAGUUUUCUUUCAUCAAACACAGCCGUUUCGCUUUAUUUCCUCACGCCUCUUUUCUAAAAUAACACUUAAGCGACAUGCAUGACUGCACUCAUGUGCAAUGUCAAUCAAACUCAACUAAAGCUCGGGCCCAGUCUCUGACACUAAAGUUCCGGCCCAGUCUCCGACUGUUGUUGUUGUAGUUUGCUGUUGUCGUAAUGAACAUAGUAGCUCCAAAAAGGAUGAACCCUUUAAACUCUAAGAGAGAGCAGCAUCUAAUUCCUCCUUACAGUAAUACUGCUGUAUCUCUCAUAAAGAUUAUGAGAAUUAUGAGGAAAUGUAAAGAGAAGAGUAUGUAGAAUACGGGUCAGGGAUCGACACUAACGGUAGCCAACUAGCCACAGACUAGUAGAAAUUAAGUUUUGGCUGGUGGUUUUCGCUUUCCACUAG